AAGCUUGGUUUAAGCAACGGGGAAGGGGCGUGGAAUGUGGGAUCCAGAGUCCCCGCCCCGUCUCCUCUCUCACCCGUCCGGUUCUUUAGGGUCCUCGCCUUCUUUCCAGCCUCUGGCACACCAAACUAGGGCCGCGUUCACCUCACGGUUUCCCCACCUGCCUGCCUCGCUUUCUCACCUGCGUUCCCUCCUUUCAUUCCGAAGCCCGGAAUCCGGAACCUCUGCUUCCGACCUCGCGCCCGCCCGGAAGAAGAUCAAAUGCACACUUCCGCUUCCGUGGCCGGGCGACCCUCGGCGCUGUUGCUGCCAGUGAGGAAGGAGAGCGCCGCGGCCGACUCGCGCCCCACAGUCAGACCCCGGGAUGAUGUAGCCCACAAGCAGCUCUCAGCUUUUGGGGAAUAUGUAGCUGAAAUUCUGCCCAAGUAUGUCCAGCAAGUUCAGGUGUCUUGCUUCAAUGAGUUAGAGAUUUGCAUCCAUCCUGAUGGAGUCAUCCCGGUGCUGACUUUUCUCAGGGAUCACACUAACGCACAAUUCAAAUCCUUGGCUGACUUGACAGCAGUGGACAUUCCCACCCGGCAGAACCGUUUUGAGAUUGUUUACAACCUGCUGUCUCUGCGCUUCAACUCAAGGAUCCGUGUAAAGACCUAUACAGAUGAACUGACACCCAUUGAGUCUACUGUCUCUGUGUUCAAAGCAUCCAACUGGUAUGAGCGGGAGAUUUGGGACAUGUUUGGAGUCUUCUUUGCUAAUCACCCUGACCUACGAAGGAUCCUGACAGACUAUGGCUUUGAGGGACACCCUUUCCGGAAAGACUUUCCCCUGUCUGGCUAUGUUGAGUUACGCUAUGACGAUGAGGUGAAGAGGGUGGUGGCUGAGCCGGUGGAGUUGGCCCAGGAGUUCCGCAAGUUUGACCUGAACAGCCCUUGGGAAGCUUUCCCUGCCUAUCGCCAGCCCCCUGAGAGUCUCAAGCUUGAAGCCGGUGACAAGAAACCCGAAACCAAGUAGUUCAGGGAAAGCAUGUGACUCCUUGAAAGCAUCUUUUCUAUCAUUGCCUGUCUGUGUAAAUAAAAUCUUACUUAGA